AGGUUUAUUUUGAAAGGUGAACUUCUCAGAAGGCUGAGAGCAUUUGCUACAAUGAGCCUGCGUCAUAGGUCUCUCUAAUUAUUUUUUACCAUUACCAUAAUGACUAGUUCUUUAUGGCUGUUGCUUCUUUUACCAACACGUCUCAGUUUAUGGAUUCUCUCUUUGGUGUAUUACAUUCUUGUGUAUGGCACAGCUGGAAUCACAGCUUGUUUUGUAUUGAUUCGAAUCGUCUGGACUGGAUUUACAAAUCCAUACGGUACUUUCCAAUGGACCGUCCGCAAGAAACCUCCAGAAUGCCUUCAAGACCCUGCACUGGGUGAACAUGCAUAUUUUAGGGGCAGGAGUUCAGGCUUGAGGUUUCAUUAUGUAAGCAAAGGAGACCACAGGAAGCCACUAAUGCUGUUUCUUCAUGGGUUCCCAGAAAAUUGGUACUCGUGGCGUUACCAGUUACAGGAAUUUUGCAGUCAUUACCACACGGUGGCGCUAGAUCUGCGUGGCUGUGGAGAUUCAGACGCACCACUCCAGCUGGAGGAAUAUUCAUUGGAAAAGCUCUUAUACGACAUCAGAAACACUAUUGACGAAUUGGGUCACACAAGUUGUGUAUUGGUGGGCCACGACUGGGGUGGGAUGCUGGCAUGGCAUUUUGCCCUGGACCGGCCUGACAUGGUACAACUUCUUAUAGUCAUGAAUGCCCCUCACCCUGCCUCGUGGCUGGAUGCAGUUUUAAGAAGACCCUCUCAGCUGUUGCGUUCUGGACUUGCAUGCUUCUUCCAGUUGCCUCUGCUACCUGAGAUUGCUCUGUCCCUUGAAGACUUUAAGUUAGUGCGAAGUCUGCUCUGUGGCAAAAAUGUGGGCAUCAGAAACAAAGAGAGGAGAUUGACCGAAGCCCAGCUGGAGGGUUACUUAUACCGCCUGUCUCAACCUGGAGGACUCACAGCUCCUCUAAACUAUUUUCGCUCCCUUCUGAGUAACACUCUGUACAAGCAUCAGGAUGUUGGUGUGCCCUGCAUGUUAAUUUGGGGUGAAGCUGAUAAUAUACUGGUAGAGGGAAUGUCCGGUGCAACCAGACCUUACGCCCGGGGUCCCGUCAUCAUUCACACUAUUCCCGAGUGCAGCCACUGGGUUCAGCAGGAUCAACCUGAGAUAGUCAACAAACUCAUCUGGGAAUUUGUUCUGGACGAAGAUAUUAUAAAACACAAUCAUGCCAAGCUUCUAGCUGCCUUGUGAAUAGGAGCAAUAAAAUGAGACAUAAAUCAUUUGAGUCACUACAGCCUUCUGUAAGGUUGUUAGGCAAAUUGCCUCUUGAAAAAACAACUAGCCUACUUGCUUUAUGUGUUAUUUGUCUUUUAGUAAGUUUAUAAAAGUUUGGUUUAACAUCUGUUUAGUGCACUGUAUCAUAUUGGUGCAAUUUUGUAGGUCAGUUAAUGCUUGAAGGUGCGUUCAGAUUUGGGAUACAAAGUUUUUGCCCUUUAUGUAAUCUUCAAUUAGGCAAAAUAUGUGUUGUAUAUGCAUUCAAUUCAACUAAAAACUCAAUAUGACUAACCCAAAAUAUCCUAGUACUGGUGUGUUUCACUUUAUAAUGUGCCUGGAAAUUGUAUAACAUAAAAAUAAUGUUUGAUUUGAUUUAUGUGUUUAUCCACACAUUCUGAAAAUUCAAGCAUUGAUUAUGCAAGAAUGUGCUGCCAUCAGUCAGGAUGUCGCCAAAAAGUUGAUUGACAGCAUGCCAGGGCGAAUUAAAGAAGGGAAUUGAAAAAGAAGGGUCAACAUAAACAUAUGUAAUUUUCAAUAAAAGCCUUAUGAAAUGUAUUAUAUUUUAGUAUACCAUAGUAACAUCUGACAAAAAGAUCUAAAAACACUUAAGUAGCAGACUUUGUGAAAAUUAAUAUUUGUGUCAUUCUCAAAAAAAGAAAAAAAGUCACAAAUGUGUACAUUUGAAGUAGCAACAUGUCCCCUUGAGGUACAAAGGUGUACUUUUGAAAGGGUACCGCCCCAAUGGCAACUUUUAUACCGUUAUCUUUUCUGAGAGUGUAUAAAAGUAUUAUAUGACUUUAGCAGAAUGAGAUUACACUGUAGCACAGAAGUGGCCUACUUUUUGUCAUUUUAGUUGUUAACCAUUUUUUCUCCCACAGAGGAAGAACACACAUUAAAGAAUUGACAUUGUCUGGUAAACUCAUGAAUAAUCAUCCGUUCCAUCUUGUACCUCACUGGAAGCCAACAUCUUUGUGAAUAGGGCUGUGUCCAGCCAACAAGAAAA